AUGGUGGCCACAACGAAAAUGAAAAGGUCACUGGAGUCCAUUAACUUGAGGCUCCAGCUGGUGAUGAAAAGUAGCAAAUAUGUCCUAGGCUACAAAGAGAUCCUGAAAAUGAUCAGACAAGGCAAAGCCAGAUUGAUCAUCUUGGCCAACAACUGCCCAGCCUCGAGGAAAUCAGAGAUUGAGUAUUAUUCCAUGUUGGGCAAAACUGGCAUACAUCACUACAAUGGCAACAACAUUGAAUUGGGUAUAGCAUGGGGGAAGUACUACAGAGUUUGUACACCGGCUAUCAUUGAUCCAGGUGAUUUGGACAUCAUUAGAAGCAUGCCAGAACAGACCAGUAAAAGGUAA